AGCGCUGAUUUGGUGUACCUGGCCUAGCCUAGGCACCCUUUAACACAUGCAAAAUCCUUCCUGACAUGAUGCCUGUCAGUGUUCCAGCAAGCCGUCCUUCAGCCUCCUUCUCCCAAACUGUUGGGAAGGAUACAGUACCCACUGCCCACCUACACGUCAACCUAACCAACAAUUCUGCUCAGGCUCAAUGAUAUAAACCCAUCCCCAAGCCAAGGGAAAAUGUGUGCCAAUACUUCGUACCGCUGAACUCGAAAACUAAAAGGAUCACAGUCGUCCCCAAAAAGUUCAUAGCCAUGAUCGGGACAAGCGCGGCCGAGUAUUACUUUAUCCGCCUCUGCAUCGUCGGGCUACACUACUUGGCCCCCCUCGCCCUGUGUUACUGCGCCCUGAACAUCCUCCUCCAUGGACUCCAAGUAGCAAUAUAUCGCGUGCCUCUCGUGAUUGAGUGUGUAGCCGUUGCCGAAGCUCUGUUUUUCCUUUGCGUCUACCUCCCAUACAAAUCCUACCUUCAACGAGAAGCCGUCCAUCCAACCCCACCAACGCGCGAAGAACGACAGGAGCUCUUCCAACUCUGCAAUGAAAACAUUGAGAAUCCCCGGGAAUAUUUACAGAAAUGGUUUUUGGGAGCCGACUUGAAAGAUAUCAAAAGGGAAAAUGUGAAGGAGUUUUUCUUGUGGGCAUUUUUCAAUCGCGGUGGUCCACCUGGGGAUGACGAUGAAGAGCUAGAGGAAUAUGUUUCCGCUAUGGAAACGCUUCUGGGCGAACCCAUUGAAGCUGGCAGAGGAAAAGCUAAAUGUUUGCGCUUAACAUUGGAUGAGGUGAAAAUGCUGCAUCGGAGUUUGAUCUGGUAUCUGGUACGCUUUUCCCGCAAUGAAGAUCCAGGAACCAAUUCAGAAGUAUCAUGCUAAUUCCAAUAGUGCGUUGGUUUUGUUGACUUCCUGGCCUACAUUGCAUUGCUAUAUCACGGCUUUCAUUUCCACCGAACUAGUCUCUCUCGAUUCUUUACCCUUUUUCCAUUUCGAUGGCAAUCAUUGUUCUCCACAUAUCGUUCACCUGCCAAGCACACCAUGUACUGGCAUCGACCACAUACCUCUCCCACAAAACUCCCAAUGCUUUUCAUACAUGGAAUAGGGAUUGGAUACUAUCCAUAUACCAACUUUCUCAGCGAGCUUAAUUCUACCGCGGGUAUAGAAUCAUCUGACCCAAAUGAUCAAGUUGGGAUAAUUGCUAUCGAAAUUAUGCCAGUAGCGUUCAGGAUCACCCACCACGCAUUAGGUCGCGAGGAGCUUUGUGCGGAGAUAGAUCAGAUCAUUCAUGAGCAUUUCGGUCCAGAUCAAAAGUUUAUUUUGGCAUCACAUUCCUACGGAACGGUCAUUUCUACCCAUUUACUCAAAACACCUAAGAUCGCCAAAAGAAUAGGUCCAAUGGUUCUGGUAGACCCUGUUUCUAUGUUACUCCACCUCCCUGACGUGGCUUAUCACUUCACUCGCCGUCAGCCAAAACAUGCAAAUGAGCAUCAAUUGUAUUACUUUGCCAGCAUGGAUAUGGGCGUCAGUCAUACACUAAGCAGACAUUUUUUCUGGAACGAAAAUGUAUUAUGGAAGAAGGAUCUCGAAGGACGAAAGGUCACAGCAAGUUUAAGUGGAAAGGAUCUCAUCGUCGAUACCUUAGCUGUGGGCAGAUAUCUGAGCGAUCAGCCCAAAAGCACGACGAUUCCUUACAGAGAUAAUCCUGAGAUGGCAAGUACUCAGGACGCCGAUGAGAACUCCACCGUCCGAUUGAGGACCAAUGAAAACAGUACCCAUGUCGAUACAAACGAUGAGGAAUGGCAAUCGCGGCCUUGGAAGGGUACUGGAAUCGAAGUUUUAUGGUUCAAAGACCUAGAUCACGCUCAAGUUUUCGACAGCAAGAUUUGUAGACGGAGAUUGAUUGAUGUUAUUCGUGCGUAUAGUGAGAGUGGUUGAUAUAAGAAGGACGGUCAAAUUCUUUCCUUGCGAUGAUGCUGCGUUGGAAGAAUCAGUUCCGAUGAUUGCGUUGGGUACAAUAUUACAUCAGAAGGACUGGCGCCAACUGGCACCAACUACCACGGUUAUCACAGGACACGAUCCAGAUCUAGAGUAGAUACGAACGCGACGCGUCAUUUCGGGGGUUUUAGUCAUUUUAUCCGUUAGAUGCACAAAAAGAGGUUCCCGAAUGACCAUGUCCCUUUCUAGAUUAGAUGGUUUAGAUGGAUUGGAGAUCGGGUUGUUUUAGGAUACCCUAAAUAUGAAAAUUUUAUUGGUUUCUA